AUGUGCCGAAGAGUAGAGGAUCUGUUGGAAGCUUGUGAUAAGUGGAAUUUAUCGAUCAUUGUGACAAAGAGUUUCUGGGGCGUGGAUAACGUAGGAUAUCUGGGGCACCGAGUGUCGAUCGGAGGGUUGGAGGCGAGUCCGAAGGUUCUGAAAUCGUUGACCGAUCUGCCGUUCCCCGGAUCACUGCGAUCUAUGCAGUCAUUCCAGGGCAGUUUGAAUUACUACAGCCGAUUCAUCGAAGAUUACGCUAUCUAUGCCUCGGUACUCUACGAAUUACGUGAAGUGGAGUUUGCAGAACUGGAGAAACGAUCGGAUCUGAGGCGGAUCUUGGACCGGAAUGACCCGAUCUCUCGAGAUCACGACCCGUCGGAAGUGAAGUUGACGGGACCAGUGGACGAGAGGUGGAUCAGGACACAUAGGGCCUUUAUCGCCUCGAAAACCAAGAUCGCGACGACCCCGGUCCUCCGCCACUUCGACGAGUCGAGAACGCCGGUAGUUAUCGUAUAUGCUAUUGAUUGGGCGAUAUCCGCUUCGUUGACGCAAGAGCACGACGGGAUCUAUCAUCCGGUGGCGUUCGCCAGUCGCACCUUGAAGAUGAACGAGUUGAAUUACAAUGUGAUCGAAAAGAAGGUGUUGGCAUUGCUGAGGAUCAUGGAUCUCAAUUACAAUAUGCUAAUAGGACGCGAGAUCCGGGUCCUGAUGAGGCAUUCUACGUUAUCCUGGCUGUUCAAGUCGACGGGAUUACAGGGUCGCCUGGGACAAUGGUCUGCCCUCCUGGCCCCAUGGACACUCGAGAUCACGAAGUGCACGAAGGGUGAGGAUGAGAUACUGGGGGCGAUCGCUGCUAGCAUCACACCGAGGGUGAAGCUGGACGAAGCUCUUGCCGAAACGCUCCCCGGAAAGAGCCUAAACGCCGGAUCCAAGCGCCGAUACCCACCGUAG